AUGGCGGCGGUGCGGGCGGCGCUGCUCGCUCCGCUGCUGGCGCUCGGCCGGGCCGGGUCGGGGCCCGCCACCCCCGCGCGGGUCGAGGUGGCCGUGUCAGGGCCCGGCGCGGCGGGACCGGACGGGGAUGGGGCCGGCAGCGCGGCCGCGGUGCCCGACGGCUCGUACACUCUGCGCGGGGCCGUGCUGGGAGCGGGGGGCGGCCGGGCCGGGCCGGGCCGGGGGGGCCCGCGGGGGGAGCGGGAGGAGAUGGAGAUCCAAGGCCGCCUGGUGCUGGUGGGUGACAUAGAGCCAGACCUGGGUGCUGCUGACAGCUGGAUUGGGGUGGUGCCCGUGGGCACCGAGGAGCCGGGCGAGGGCCCCCGGAGUGCCAAAGAGGAGUCCUUCACCACCGCUGUUGUCACCAAGAUGAAGCGAGCCCUGGUGCUGGGGGCCUCCGCCCUGCUUAUCCUGGCGCUGAACCAGAACGCCAUCCGUGAGCUGGACGUGUCCCAGCUGCUUGCCAAGCCCGUCAUCGUCAUCCAGUCCUCGGACAAUGUCACCAGGCUGCUGGGAGCGCUGCUGCGGGGGCUCCGAGCUACGGCGAAGAUCACAUACCAGGCAGUUCUGCUGGAGAACCUGGGAGUGACCCUCACACUGUGGUCCACCUGCGGUCUGUCCCGAGGGGGCCUCUAUGGGGAGUGGCAGGGGGUCAUCUGCCCUGGGGAGAGCAGCUCGCAGGUCCAGGUACGGUGCUGGGGUUUGGGUGGGGCUGAGAGUGGGGCCAGAUCUCUGGCUCCUGUCCCCACUGCGCUGUCCCCACAGAAGUACCUGCAGCAGCUGUGGAACACCAUCCUGCUGAUUGCCCUGCUGCUCUGCACCGGCGUCAUGGUGCAGGCCCAGCGCCAGUCGCGGCAGGACCUGUCGGAGCGGGAUGCCGAGCUGGACCUGAAGCAGCACAUCCGGCGGAGGCUGUUAGCACUGAAAACCCGGCGGUACCAUCCUGGGAAGCCGCCCCGGACCCAGGCCUGCGAGAUCGACAGCUGUGCUGUCUGCCUGGACCAGUUCCACAAGAGCCAGUGGCUGCGGGUGCUGCCCUGCUCCCAUGAGUUCCACCGGGACUGUGUGGAUCCCUGGCUCCUGCUGCAGCAGACCUGCCCUCUCUGCAAGCGCAACAUCCUGGGGAACUGCUGCACGGACAGCUAGCUGGCCCGAGGACACACUGCAGGGACAGACCCAUGGCUGCUCCAGGGACAGGGAGGGGGGCAGGGGGUGCCCAGCAAGCGGCGCUUGCUGCUGGAGCAGGGUUGGUGUGGCUGUGCCCUCACAGUGCCCAGACUUCGGAGAGGGAAGGACUCGGGGCUCUCCUGCCGGGUUUGAGUAGAGGGGUGGCGGGUCCAGAUGGGCAGUAUUGGGGAGGGAGGAUUUGGGGCACCCAUGGGUGUAACAGGGUGGGGGCUGGGGCAGGGAGAGCCCUGGUCCUGCUGUGCUCUUGCCCUGCUCACAGCAAUUUUUCUAAGUCUUGGGUUUUUUGUCUAUUUACUGGUGGCCGUGGCAGGGUAGGCAGAGCCUGGCUGCAGUGCCAGCCCCUCUGGGAGGUGGGUGGCCAGGGCUAGGGCUGGCAGGGCUGUGGGGAGACUCAUGGCCUCACUAUGUGGGAGGGCAGGGGUCAGACGCUUUAUUUAUAAUAAAUUAUUAGAAAGGAUGGCACGAGUUGGCUGCAGAGCCAACACAGGCUUGGCUCACCCAGCACAGUGACUGGGGACAUGCCAUGGGCCCUGCCCGGAUCCUGUCCCACAGGCUGCUACAUGGCACGUGUCCAUCCCUAUUAAACAUGGAGCAAGGA